AUGAGAGGUGGGUAUCCCGGUGGUUUGUGGAUCCAGCGCAGCUGGAGAGGUGGGAAUCCCACUGUGCAUGGGUCCGGUGCAGGGCUGUGGCCUGGAGCAGUCCUAGGGACAGAGAGCCCUGCAGAACAGAGCAGUGGCUCUGCAGGCCUACAGAGCUUGAAUAUGGCCUUAGAUCACUGGUUUGAGAUUAUUUCGGACUUUUUAAUAUAUGAACUUAUGGCUGUCAACUUUCUUCUUCGGACUGCUUUGCUGUGUCCCAUAAGUUCUAGAGGUGUCUUAUUUGUUUCACAUUCCAACAAAUUUUCUUUUUUCAAAAGGGUACUGAACAAUAUACAAACAAAAAAUGUUACACUUGUCUCAGAAUUCCAUCUGAAGGAACUCUCAGAGGAUCCAGAUCUGCAGCCCCUUCUCUUUGGACUGUUCCUGUCCAUGUACCUGGUCACAGUGCUUGGGAACCUGUUUAUCAUCCUGGCUGUCAGCUCUGACUUCCAUCUCCACACCCCCAUGUAUUUCUUCCUCUCCAUCCUCUCCUUGGCUGAUAUCUGUUUCAUCUCCACCACGGUCCCAAAGAUGAUUGUAAAUAUACAAACUCACAGCAGAGUCAUCUCUUACAUGGGCUGCCUGACACAGAUGUCUCUGUUUAUCAUCUUUGCAUGUAUGGAUAGUAUGAUUCUGGCUGUGAUGGCCUAUGAUAGGUUCGUGGCCAUCUGUCACCCUCUGCAUUACUCUGUGAUUAUGAACCCUCGAUUCUGUGUCUUCUUAGUUUUGGGGUCUUUUUCCCUCAGCCUGUUUGAAUCCCAGUUGCAUGAUCUGAUUUUCUUACAGCUUACAUGCUUUAAAGAUGUGGAGAUUGGUAAUUUCUUCUGUCAUCCUUCCCAGCUCUUAAACCUCACUUGUACUGAUGGCUUUAGCAAUAGCAUAAUCAUGUAUGUUAUUGGUGUCAUACUUGGUGUUUUUCCCAUAUCCGGGAUCCUUUUCUCAUACUAUAGAAUUAUUUCUUCAAUUCUGAAAAUUCCAUCAUCAGGUGGGAGGUAUAAAGCCUUCUCCACAUGUGGAUCUCACCUGUUAGUUGUUUGCUUAUUUUAUGGGACAGGACUUGGGGAAUAUUUUGGAUCUGUUGUUUCCUGUUCUUCCAGAAAUAAUUCAGUGGCUUCAUUGAUGUACACUGUGGUCACCCCUAUGCUGAAUCCAUUUAUCUACAGCCUGAGGAAUAGGGAAAUUAUUAGUGCUCUGAAGAAGCUUCAGAAUAGAAUAGUCUACCCUCGGGUUGUUUGGCAUCCAUUUAGAAU